UUCGCGACAUUCCGAGCUGCACUUGAAGGCAGCACCACCGUGUAGUCGAGCAGUAGCAGAGAUUCGCAGCCAGUGUGGCAGCUGGGAAUGUGACUGCUUCAGCACAGACCUCUAUUUUGGUCUCUGAGCACAGUGGUGGGGCUGACCGGAGAAAGGCUCGCAGCUCUGCUAAAUCUAAAACACUGGCUUCAUCUGAAGUCGACACGGGCAACCUGCGUUUUCUCUCCGCCUGUGUCGGUGUUCUGGGACCGCAGAUGGUCAGCGGGCAGCCGUCGGUGGCUCACAGCGGGACUGUUUGUUAGAGCGAACCAACCGGGGCGCCGUUGUUUCUCCGGUCUGUGUACCUUACCCCUUGCCUGGUGAGUCCGGUUAUAAACGCAGUGAAGUGUCACUCGUUAAGUCCAGUCCGUGUAAUACUCAUGUUUCCCGGUGCGAAACGCUUGGUUAAAUGCGCCUGUUUCUCCGCUUCCAAACCACUCACACCAACGACGAUGGACUGAAAUCUGCGGCGUGGGCGAGCGACACACAACCUGCCGCGAUUUUCUGCAAGUAAAUAAAUAAAUGAUAGAGGAUACAAUGACCCUGCUGUCCCUGCUAGGUCGGAUCAUGCGUUAUUUUCUGCUCAGACCGGAGACCCUGUUUCUGCUGUGUAUCAGCCUGGCUCUGUGGAGUUACUUCUUCCACACGGACGAAGUGAAGACCAUCGUCAAGUCCAGCCGGGAUGCGGUCAAGAUGGUUAAGGGGAAGGUGGCGGAGAUGAUGCAGAACGAGCGGUUCGGCGGGCUGGACGUCCUGGACGCGGAGUUCUCCAAGACCUGGGACUUGAAGAGCAACAACGUGGCCGUGUACUCCAUCCAGGGCCGGAGAGACCACAUGGAGGACAGGUUCGAGGUGCUCACCGACAUCGUCAACAAGAGUCACCCAUCUAUAUUUGGGAUUUUUGAUGGCCACGGAGGAGAGGCUGCUGCUGACUUUGCCAAGGCCCACCUGCCUGAGGCUCUCCGCCAGCAGCUGCUGACCUAUGAACGGGAGAAAGAGCGAGACAAAGAAAAAGACAAAGAGAAAGAUGAUAAAAAGGAGCGGACCGGCCUUUCCUAUCCUUCCAUCCUAGAGCAGCAGAUCCUGAACUUGGACAGAGAAAUGCUGGAAAAACUGGCUGACACUUACAAUGAAGCAGGUACUACAUGUCUGGUGGCCCUGCUGUCUGACAAAGAGUUGACGGUAGCCAACGUCGGAGACUCCCGUGGAGUACUUUGCGAUAAAAACGGCAAUGCUGUUCCUCUGUCACAUGACCACAAACCUUACCAGCUCAAAGAACGCAAGAGGAUCAAGAAGGCUGGUGGUUUCAUUAGUUUCAACGGCUCGUGGCGCGUCCAGGGCAUCUUGGCCAUGUCUCGUUCCCUGGGCGAUUACCCUCUAAAGAACCUCAACGUGGUCGUUCCUGAUCCCGACAUCAUAUCCUUUGACCUGAACAAACUGCAGCCUGAGUUCAUGAUCCUGGCGUCCGAUGGUCUGUGGGACACCUUCAGCAACGAGGAGGCGGUUCGCUUCAUCAGGGAACGACUGGACGAGCCUCACUUUGGUGCCAAGAGCAUCGUCCUCCAGUCCUUCUAUCGUGGUUGUCCUGACAACAUCACCGUCAUGGUUGUCAAGUUUAAAGGCAAGGCCACCGAGCAGUAGACCUUGUGCCAUACACAGAGUAUCUGUAGGUUUGAAUAUAAAUAGCAGUAGGGUAAAGAUGAAAGAUUUAAAACUCAAGGCCCCAACUUUCUGAGUGAGAACUAUUUGUAUCACAGAUUCAUCAGUGCAUCAAACCGCCCUGGCCCCUCCUUUCCUUUUACUGCUGUAGACGUGACACAUGUAAGAAAAUGUCUUUCAUUAUGAUUUACAGCCAUAUCUUUGAGACACCUUAAUGCAAACUGGGUCACUGUUAUGCAAACAAACAGAUUUAGCUCUGUGCAGCUCAUAAGUCUGCAUACAUCUAUGUGAGUGUGUAUGUGUGUGUUUGAGAGAGUCGUUGAGAGGAGAAAUAGUAAUAGAUGUCUGUCUUUGUGUACACUUGGACACAAGUGUCACAUUUGAAACCAAUUGAUUGUCUAGCUAGUAGUGACAAAUUAAGGCAUACGUGAUAGUUUCACUUCCACACAAGUGCAUCCUUCGUGGAAGUCUGUUACAGAUUGACACGCCCAUUUAUCAGAAAUUACUUUGUGAUUGGACGCUUCACAUGAAGGCUCAAGGAAGGGAGAUCUCAGGUAAGUUAAAACGCGUCUCCUCGCAGUGUGUCCUUGCAUUUUACAUGGGUGGGACUAAGAUGCAAGGAAAAGAUGCAAGUGAGGGAAACGUGGAUGUAAUUAGGGGAAUUUAUACAGAGAUAAUUUAAUUUCAUUUGGGGAAAUGACAUUUAUACAGACAUAAGAUGUCUUUUUCCCCGAUACGUCAUCUGAAGCAUCCAAUCACCAACUGAAUUGUGAUAAAGGAGUCUUUCAAGCCCUAAAAGACUUCCGCUAAGGAUGGUCUUGUGUAUCCUUGUUCAUGGUUCCUCCAGGCAGCCUCCUCCAUCCUCAAAGCAGGAAUAAGAGCUUUGAGAUGUCCUUCAAGAUGGCGGUCCAGAAUGACUUCCUGGUUGAAUGAGGCAAAAUAAAAUAAGGGAAAUGGAAUUUAUCCAAUGUCUUUCACUUAAUGCCUGUGUGACCACUAAUUUUUUACUUUUAGUUUGCUAACUCUGUGUUUCCACAUGUACCAAGUGACUGCACUGAAAAAUCUGUCAUUCAAUAUGAUCACAUGUUAUUUUUUUCUGGAUCAAAAACAUGACUGGACAGAUUUUUAAUAUGAAUUUAUCCCCUUUAUUCAUGAACUGCACAAAUGACAAUAUUCCUAUGCUUGUUCAAAUAUUACCAUUCAUUGUCCCACAGUAGAACAUACUACAUUAUUACAUCACUCCUGAGCAUGAGAAUUUGUGAUGAAUGAAGUGUUUUGACUUGAGUUGCCCCUUUUGAUAAGUUGUUGAAUGUCUUAGUUUGGUUAAAAUGACUGCUGUCCGUUUCUGUGCUGGUCAAGCCUCCUGCUUAUUUUGAUGGCUGAUAACUUUUACCUUUAUCUUUUUAAAGCUGACACUCUAGUUUGAUUUCUUCUGCUACUCUGUUCAGUCCAAAAUUAUCAGGAUUCAUGUAACUGCUGAUAAUGUAUUAACUUAUGUAUUAUACUGUAGCUUGUCAAAGUGCAAUGAAACGACACUUUUAAUGUGUAUAAACGGCAAUACAGUAUUUUAAAGCGAUGUGUUUCAGCAUUAUGACACAGACAUCUAAUUAUUGAUUUUUAAAUUCAGAAAUUUAUGGUUACAGUAAAUAUACAGUCAUGGCCAAAAAUAUUGGUAUC